AGGUUUUGGGGUUGGCUUCUAUGACGAACAUGCGCACUUAACUUAGUUAAAAUCACCAUUGAAAAUGUCGCGUAUCACACAGUACAAUGUGUGGUUCUGAAUCACUAUUCAAAGGUAACGCGUACCACAUUCACCAUAUAUGAUUUGUGUGAUUGGUAAAAUGUUUCCACCUUUUUAAUGGGGUGAUAGGUGGUAAAUCGGGUACACCAUCCAUAAUCUUUGGUACUGUCUUUGCCCGCCCACUUCGCUUGUCGCUGGACAAUGACGUACGUUUUACUCGCUGUUUACAAUGGCGACCACUUUCUAAAUGAAGGAAAGAUACAUUUACAGUAGCGAACAAAUACCCAGCGAACGGUAGAAAAACCAAGAAGUCUCUUUUGCAAUGUCCAACAGAACAGCAUAUUUUUAUGAUCCGGAUGUGGGGAACUUUCAUUAUGGUGCUGGUCACCCUAUGAAACCCCAUCGUCUCUCGCUGACGCACAGCCUUGUUUUGCACUAUGGCCUCUACAAAAAGAUGCAGGUUUUUAAACCAUACAAAGCCUCACAACAUGACAUGUGCCGAUUCCACUCAGAAGAUUACAUUGACUUUCUGCAGAAGGUCAGCCCCAACAAUAUGCAGGGUUUCACAAAGAGUCUCAACACCUUUAAUGUUGGGGACGACUGGUAACGUGUCCUCUGUCAGCCCUGUAUUCCCAGGCCUGUUUGAGUUCUGCUCCAGGUAUACAGGAGCAUCUCUACAGGGAGCGACACAACUAAACCACAAGAUAUGUGACAUCGCCAUCAACUGGGCCGGGGGUCUUCAUCAUGCUAAGAAAUUUGAGGCCUCUGGAUUUUGCUAUGUGAAUGACAUUGUCAUCAGUAUACUGGAGCUUCUGAAGUACCACCCGCGUGUGUUGUACAUAGACAUUGACAUUCACCAUGGUGAUGGGGUGCAGGAAGCCUUCUACCUGACAGAUCGGGUCAUGACUGUAUCCUUCCACAAGUACGGGAACUACUUCUUUCCAGGGACAGGUGACAUGUAUGAGGUAGGGGCUGAGAGUGGCCGGUACUAUUGCCUGAACGUGCCUCUCCGGGAUGGGAUUGAUGAUCAGAGCUACAGGCAACUCUUUCAGCCAGUCAUCAAGCAAGUGGUGGACUUCUACCAGCCAACCUGUAUCGUUCUUCAGUGUGGGGCUGACUCUCUGGGCUGUGACAGAUUAGGGUGCUUCAACCUCAGUAUACGAGGCCAUGGGGAGUGUGUGGAGUUUGUGAAGAGCUUCAGGAUUCCCCUGCUGGUACUGGGAGGAGGAGGGUACACAGUACGCAACGUGGCCAGAUGCUGGACCUAUGAGACCUCCCUCCUGGUUGAUGAGCCAAUUAGUGAUGAGCUGCCCUAUAGCGAGUACUUUGAGUAUUUUGCCCCAGACUUCACACUCCACCCAGAUGUCAGCACCAGGAUAGAGAACCAGAACUCCCGACAGUACCUGGAGCAGAUCCGUUCGACGGUCUUUGAGAACUUGAAGAUGUUGAACCAUUCCCCCAGUGUCCAGAUCCACGAUGUGCCCUCGGACAUCCUGAGCUACGAGCGCACUGACGAGGGAGACCCAGAUGAGAGGGGUUCAGAGGACAACUAUUCCAGGUCAACACACUCUGCCUUAUGUGACGCUAGAGCUGGGCGAUAUGGGGGGGAAUUCAUAUCGUACAUAUCGUCCAUCAUAUGUACAUUUUUUGCGCUAACAAAAGAAUAUGCAAUAAAUUAUUUUUUGGGGGGUGCUUGAUCUAGGCGUUAUGAACGUCAAAUUGUGAUAGAUCUAACGUUUAUGCAAUAAAUAACAUUUUUUUAAAAAUAGAAAGUUACUUAUAUAUAUAUAUAUAUAUGCCAUUUAGCAGACUUGGCAUUUACUUGGCAUUAGCGGCAGGGCUCUAGUCAAAAAAAAAAAUUCCAGUGCCAAGUAAGAACCGAGAUGGUAGCCUAUGAUUCAGAAAGUAAGUUUGAUUUUUUUAUAAAAAAUCUAAACAAUACAGGAAAUGCAUGAUUGAUGUGCAACCUGUCAAAAUAUGAUCUAGAUUUUAUUUAUGACACUUCAGAGAAUUUGCUAAAUCUUUGUGCAUAUUGACAAUAUUAUUCACCACCUGAGGAAGUGGGAACUCAAAACACUAGAUUGCUAACUCUAAAUACUAGCGGGAAUGUGAUGAAAAAUCAAAGCUGAAAUAAAUCAUUCUCUACUAUUAUUCUGACAUUUCACAUUCUUAAAACAAAGUGGUGAUCCUAACUGACCUAAGACAGGGAAUUUUUACUAAGAUUAAAUAUCAGGAAUUGUGAAAAAUUGAGUUUAAAUGUAUUUGGCUAAGGUAUAUAUCAACUUCCGACUUCACCUGUAGCGAGGGUCAGUCGACGAGAGCAUACAGGUUGCAGUGGGGCUUUGGUGACAAAACAGAUGGCACUGUGAUAGACUGUAUCCAGUUUGCUGAGUAGAGUGUUGGAGGCUAUUUUGUAAAUGACAUCGCCAAAGUCGAGGAUCGGUAUGAUAGUCAGUUUUAUGAGGGUAUGUUGGGCAGCAUGAGUAGAGGCUUUGUUUGAGAAAUACGAAGCCGAUUCUAGAUUUAAUUUCUGGAUUGGAAAUGCUUAAUACGAUUCUGGAAGGAGAGUUUACAGUCUAACCAGACGCCUAGGUAUUUGGAGUUGUCCACAUUUUCAAAGUCAGAACUGUCCAGAGUAGUGAUGCUAGUUGGGCUAUCGGUUGAAGAGCAUGCACUUAGUUUUAUUAGCAUUUAAGAGCAGUUGGAGGCCACAGAAGGAGUGUUGUAUGGCACAGUGUCCAAAGAGGGGCCAGAUGUAUACAGAAUGAUGUCGUCUGCCUAGAGGUGAAUCAAGGAAUCACCCGCAGCAAGAGCGACAUCGUUGAGAUAUACAGAUAAGAUAUGCCUGAAUGUUGAACCCUGUGGUACCCCCAUAGACUGCCAGAGGUCCGGACAACAGGCCCUCCGAUUUGACACACUGAACCAGGCGAGGCAGUCAUUUGAGAAACCAAGGCUAUUGAGUCUGCCGAUAAGAAUACGGUGAUUGACAGAGUCGAAAGCCUUUGCCAGGUCGAUGAAGACGUCUGCACAGUACUGUCUUUUAUCGAUGGCGGUUAUGAUAUCGUUUAGGACCUUGAACGUGGCUGAGGUGCACCCAUGACCAGCUCGGAAACCAGAUUGCACAGCGGAGAAGGUACGGUGGGAUUCAAAAUGGUCAGUGAUCUGUUUGUUCACUUGGCUUUCGAAGACUCCAGAAAGGCAGGGCAGGAUGGAUAUAGGUCUGUAACAGUUUGGGUCUAGAGUGUCUCCCCCUUUUGAAGAGGGGAAUGACCGCGGCAGCUUUCCAAUCUUUAGGGAUCUUCGACGAUACGAGAGGUUGAACAGACUAGUAAUAGGGGUUGCAACAAUGGCGUCGGAUAAUUUUAGGAAGAGCGUCCAGAUUGUCUUGCUCAGCUGAUUUGUAGGCCUAUUCACUGCAAAUUACUUUCUGCGGGCACGUCAAAACCACAGCCCAUUACACUAGUCUACUGCGGUUCUAAAGUGGUGUCAUGAACUCGAUAUCAAGAGGUGAGAAAUUAUACAGAAUUCCUCUGUAGCUAUAACAGUAGUUGCUUAAAUGUUUCCCACAAUAGCAGUUUGAGCAACAGUCAUUUUCUUAAUUUUUAUUUAACUCGGCAAGUCAGUUGAGAACAAAUUCUAAUUUACAAUGGCCUACACACCCUACACAUGCUUCUCAGAAUGCAUCUCUCCCUCCUUGGUGUCACAGUGGGGGAAGGGAGUGGCUCGCUCACACAGCAGCGAAACAGGGACAGGCAGAUACUUUCAUAACAGGAAUCAACAUAAUGCAAAGCCCAUUACGGUUGACCAAGUAUUUGUUUUAGAACAAUCUACAGGAGCGUUGUGUAGCAACAUGUCUCGGUAAGUAGAAGUCAAUGUCAUUUGUUUUAUCGUCCCAGCUCUGACACACACAGGAGCAUAUGUUCUAUUAUACAUGUUGGUAAUGGAAUCAAUAGGACCAGUUUAAGGACGGGAUUCAAUCUGAUUGCAGAUUUGGAAAAUGUGCCAUUUUUAAAGUUGAUUUCUGAUUGAGCCAACAAAUGCAGCAUUUACCGUGGAUGUGGAUGUGGUGUCUGCACGCACAUUACCGGCAACACGAUUGGAUUGAAUCCCAGCCUUCGUGUAUAUCGUAUGCGUGAACAACUGACAUUGGUAUGGUGUGUGAUAGUCUCGAACUAAAUAGCU